CGAGAAUCAACCACGAAGGAAUCGAAUCGUUACGUACCCCAAGCUCAAACUCGCGUGUGCCACGGUCACGCAGACAGCAACACGCGAGACAAUUUUAAACAUUUAACGCACAACUUUGAUUUGUGUGUAGUAGUUGUAGUAGUAACACACCAAUUAGCUGGUGAUCGUGCGUUGUCUCAGUGUUAACCCGCCCGCACAAGACGAGACGCGGCUCGGAGGCGAUUAUAGAGAAGGCUCGGGCGGGAGACGCACGUGGCCGGUGGAGCGAUGCCAGCGUACUACGAGGACAAGCCGGUGGACUCACGCCCGUGCGCGGGACUGCGCGAGGAUCUACGCUCGUGUCUCGUGAAGAGCGACUGCGUCAAGGCAGGGAACAGCGCCAAGGUGUGCCUGCGGACCGACAGCACCCUGGAACCCAUGUGUAGAGCCCUGCAGAUGUCCUUCUUCGAAUGCAAGCGAUCUCUGCUGGACAACAGAACACGUUUUCGAGGGCGGAAGGGUUACUGAGCAGUGUUGAAACAAGGGGACAUCUCGACCAUUUAUUAAACACGAUGACCCAG